CUCUCGCGCCCCCCCACACAAACACGCGAACGUGAGUCGAGGUUGCUUGCCGCUGUCGCCGGCCGACCUGCGUCACACGUGACGACGGAAGCCCGGUGGGCCGGCGCGGGAAGCGCGACCUGCCCUUAGCAACGGCCGUGGCAUCCCUAGCAACGGGGCCUAACCCGAGCUUUUAAGCUUCGGGGAGGCUGGAGGAAAGCGGCUGUGGGUUCAGUGUGAGCUGGUCAAGUGACGCGCUGGUAACCUGCUGAGCAAUUCGGGGCUGGGUGGGGUUUCGGUGGCUCUGGAAGUGGGAGCGGGCAUAGGAUGUUCUGGGAUAGGAUGUGUAGAUAUGACACGUGUUGUUGUUGUUUGCUGUCCUACACCUUUCAUAUUUGUAUGACAGGCAGAAGUUCUAUCGGUGUAGCUGCAAGAAUGGCAGGUCGAAGUUCCACUUUGGAGUCAACCUCUGUGUGAGCCAAGCCAGCAUCUUGCUUCCAACAGCGCCCAGCUUGGGGGGGGGGGGGAGCAGAGCCAUUCCAGCUCCAGACUGACAGGUGGGAGGGUGUCUGAAGUGGACCCCCUCCCUUAGUAGGUCCUCAGUAGGGAAGGACUGUGGCAGCACGUCUGCUUGCAAGCAGAAGGGCCCACAUUCAGUCCCCGAUGGCAUCUCCAGGUAGCCUUGCCGCCUUUGUUCUGGCAAAAUAUGGGUCGGGGUGAUUUUAUUUUAUUUUAAUCUGAUGCUGAUGUGACUUCAAAGCAAUCUAUUACGCUCUAUUGCAGCCUCACAGGAUGGCCCCUCUGGAAUUUGUCACAAGCACAUGCAGAUACACAUGAAUUUGUAGAUCUCUCUGUGCUUGGCCACCCAAAGCUCAAAUACAUGACCUGUCUCACACCCUUUCAAACACAUGCAUUUGGAGAGGAUCCCUAACGUGGCAGAGAGAAAGAGAGAAGUCCUGAAAUAUAGGGCAAAAACCGGUAUCAAUACAGGACGUAGCAUUUUACAUUGAAAUACGGGACAAUCCUGUAUUAUACAGGACAGGUGGCAACCCCAGCUAGAUAAGGCUGAGAGAGACUCCUGCCUGAAAUUCUGAAGAGCCGCUGCCAGUCAGUGUACUGAGCUAGAUGGACCUCUCCUCCACGGGAGAUUUUAAAGCAGAGUUUGGCUGGCCAUCUGCCAUAGAUUCUUUAGCUGAGAUUCCUGCAUUGUGGUGGGUUGGACUUGACCUUUGGGGUCCCUUCCAACUCUACAAUUCUUUCAUUCUAUGACUCAGUGUAAGGCAGCCAACUGUGGUCCUCCUCCUCCUCCAAAACUGUGUACAGUUCUGGUUGCCUCAGCUCAACAAGGAUAUUGUUGAGCCCUAGGAAAGGUUCAGAAAAGGCCCACCAAAAUGACCAAGGGGAUGGAGAAACUCCCUAAUGAGGAAAUGUUGCAGUCCUUGGGACUUCUUAGUUCAGAGAAAAGGUGAGUAAGACAGUAGUUUAUUAUGCAUGGCAUGGAGAAAGUAGAUGGAAGAAAGUUUUUCUGCCUCUCUCAUGACCCUAGAACUCAUGGAUAUCCAAUGAAGCUCAAUGUUGGAAGAUUCAGGACAGGAAUGAGAAAGUGCUUCUUCAUGCAGUGCAUAGUUAAACUAUGGAAUUCGCUCCCGCUGGAGGCAGUGAAGGCCAGCAACCUGAUGGCUUUAAAGGACAAAUUCACGAAGGAGAAAGCUAUCAAUGGUUACAAGCCACAAUGGCUACUCUCUGGCUCCACGGUUGGAGGCAAUAAUGUAUUUGAAUAGCAGUUGCUGGAGACAACAGGACAAGAGAAUGCUAUUGUGCUCAGUUCCUUCUUGCUGGUUUCCCACAGGCAUCAGAUUGGCCACUGUGAGAACAGGAUGUUGGACUAGAUGGGCCAUUGGCCUGAGCCAGCAAGCUCUUCUUAGGUUCUUGCUGCUGCCACCACUGCUCGUUAACUUGCUGUCACCCUUUGGGCUCAACCCGCACCGCCACCCAAAGCGAAAGAGCAAAGUGUGCAGAGGCUGCUAGUUGUCCUUGCUCUUGUCACCAUUCAUACACUUUGAAAGGGAAUCAGCAUGGACUGCAAAGAGCUGGAGCAGCAGGGACGGGGUCAGCUUGCCCACUGAAUUGGCACUAGGAUGCUGACAGAAGCUGUGAAGUUCAGAGGGUGGCUUUGGAAGCAAUAGCCUUCCUUCAUUGCUUGUCCGCAGUGCCUUAUUUUUAGUGGUAGAGUGCUGCUGAAUAUGGAGGUUCUGUUCACUUGCCAUUGCUGGCAGCCAUGUCCUCCAUGAUUUAUCCCUUUCUUCACACAAAGCUGCCUGUACCAUCUCCAUAUAUAAGAAGAAUGAGGCGCCAGCUGGGGAUAUGCGUAGAAGAGUGGAUAGUUUGGAGGACUGUAUGUUGGUGUGGUAGGUGGGCAUUAUGCAGACGGUAUGGACAGCUCCCAGAAGCUCCUACUAUGUGAAUGAGGCAUUAUGUGUCAUUCUAUUUCAGUGUCUGCGACAGGCCAGGGCAAUCCAUUUGAGUUCUAAUCUUGGGGGGCACGUCUUCUGCUCAAGAUGAGUCGACUGUAUGAUAGCAUAGAGCCCAAUGUAAUCGAUGACGAGAUGCUGCAGAAGGCCGUCGAGGAGCAAGGACCUCAAGAAGAAGCAGGCCUCCUGGCCAAAAAAGAGGGCAUCAAUUUCAAAGAUGUCUUGGCGCUGCAGCUUGAUUUUAGAAGUAAGGAUCAGAAUACAAAACAGGGACUUUAAAAAAAAAUAAUAAAUCAAGGCUCUUUUACUACAAAGUCCUUGCAACAUGGAGAUUUGCCAUGUGGACAGUCAGUGGUUGAACAUCCGCUUUUAGGCAGGAUUGUGAAGAUACUUGAACUAAUCUCUGCUCCUCCAGCUUCAUCACCCUCUGCCAUCUAUUAGUCUCCUGCUCUCCCAUAGCUCUCCCUUUUCGCUGCUCCUCCCAUUUAUGCCAAGGGAUGGACAAAUCCAUGAAUUCCAGUGUCUCAGAUUUCCUAUCUUAAGUUUAGGUUGCCUCAUUUCCACAUCAGAUAGUAUGGUGCAGAGCUUUUUUAAAAUAAAGUCUGCACAAAACAUUGUUGCUGUGUGCAUUUCUCCUCAUAUAUAAUGCAUUUUUGGUACACAGUUUCCCCUAAUGUAAUGCAUUUUUGUGGGCACUCUUUCCUAAUUUACACUUUUUUGGUAUGUAUUUUUUUGUUUGAGACCUGCAUUGCAAAACUGGGAGAAGUGGAAGUUUCAUAGGAUAGGCAGAUUUCGGUCCACAUAUUGGUUUGGGAAGUGUGAAUUAAGUAGGUUAGCUUUAAAAGGAAAUCUGAAUAAAUUUCUUCCCUAUCUCUACAUAUGGUGGGAACUGCCACCCAGAACACCUGCAUGAUUCUACUUCUCCCUUCCUGUGGCUUCAGAUAUCCUGAAGAUUGACAACCUCUGGCAGUUCAAGAACCUGACAAAAUUGCAGUUGGACAACAACAUCAUUGAGAAGAUUGAGGCACUGGAUACUCUGGUUCAUCUGGUCUGGCUGGGUAAGAUGGUUGCAUUCAGGGUCACAACAAAUGCUGUGAAAUUUUUGUGUAGGAAUUAAGAGCAACCUUCACUUCAUUCCAGCUGGUGGUUGCACCCUGGUGUAUUUUGGAAGUGAUUUCCAUGUUGGAAUUGUAUCAUGUGUCAAGCAGCCCCCAAUAUGCUACUCCAGACGAGGUCCUGAAGCUUCCUUGGCUACCUUUCCCCUCCCAAGUUGACAUUAGUUGGGUUUGACUGCAAAUUCUAUUUGAGUGUUGAUCAGGAAUUUUGCCUGUGCAGGAUAGAGACUGGUGCCAUAGGGUGGCAUUCAACUAAGGUUUACUCAGAAUAGACCCACUGAAAUUAAUGAACGCCAAUUAAUUUUAAUAGGUCCACACUGAGUAAAGCCUAGUUGAAUAGAACCUGUAAACUCUGAAGAUAAUACCGUAUUUUUCGCCCUAUAGGACGCACCUUUUCCCCUCCAAAAAUGAAGGGGAAAUGUGUGUGCGUCCUAUGGGGUGAAUGCAGGCUUUUGCUGAAGCCUGGAGAGUGAGAGGGGUCGGUGCGCACCGACCCCUCUCGCUCUCCAGGCUUCAGGAAGCUAUCCGCAAGCCGUGGGAGAGCUGCUCAAAGUCGCGCAGCUCUCCCACGGCUUGUGGAGAGCUGCCUGCACCCCAAAGCCUGGGGGGCGCUGAGCUCAAAAAACUAGGUGCACCCUAUGGGCCGGUGCGCCCUAUGGACCGAAAAAUACGGUAAUUCCAUACCAGCCAUCAAAUGGCAGCUCGAAUGAAGAUGGCAUUUGAGACUGCCUGAUGAGAGACGGUUUUUGUUCCCAGCCAAACUGACCUCCACUUUGUUUCCACUCCAGCCCCUUGAAAAGACAGAAUGACCUCAUCAAUUUGCCCUUUGUUAGAAGAAGGCCGAACAACAUUCUCUUCAGAGUCUUCCCUCUUUCUCAUAUUUGCUAGAUAUAUGAUUUCCUGUUGGGGGGAAAACAGAACCAGGAUAGAAAAUAAUGUUUUUUUUCUGAAACCUAUAUGCAUUUGAAACAUUCUAGUUAGAACAGUGGUUCUCAAAAUGUAGGGCAGCUCCCCUUGGAGAAGAGGCACAUAGGAUACUUAAAAGCGGACAAGAAGUUCCAGGGAGGGCUAAGUCACCUCCUACCUAUUGAUUCCAACAGAGAGAGAAAAACUGAUUCUGUGAAUAGAAAAGAGUUCCCUAAGAGGAUUUGAAUGGUUUCCUUCUCAGAGCUCUUGCCUCCCACAUUCUUUUUCUGCUCCCCCAGAUUUGUCCUUCAACAAUAUUGAAGUCAUUGAAGGCUUAGAUGCGCUCGUUAAAUUGCAAGAUCUUAGUCUGUACAACAACAGGAUUUCUAAGAUCGAGAAUCUGGACACGCUCCAAGAACUUCAAGUCUUCUCUAUAGGAAAUAAUAACAUACAAACUCUGGAAAAUGUAAGAGUUUAAUUAAUAAAGCCGUAUAAAGUCUCUAGUGGCAAUCCUGUGUACUCUCGCUUGGUAGUUACUCUCUUCUGAACCCAGUGGUGUUUACUUCUAAGUAGACAUAUGGAGGCUGAAGCUGCUACUUUUCUUUGUCCUCCAACACCUCUCUGGCAGAGAUGGUCACUUCCAUUUCAUGGCCGAGGAUCUGAAGCUUAGAGAGUGACAUGCCCAUGGCCAUUUAGUGAGUCGCUGUUGGAGCAGGAUUUUUUAUAUAUUUUUUCUUCAUCUACUGUAAAUCUCCUGUCGUAAUCACUAGAAAACAUCUGUGCUCAGUGUACAAUCGGAGCAAACUCAUUCACCCAGUGCCAGUAUUUAUGUUGCCAAAACAGCACCAUCUACACCCAAGAAGAAGGAAUAAGCAAGCACUGAAGGAACCCCUCUAGAGGUUUGCAGCAGGACAGAAAAGGGUAGUUAGAAAGAUAAACCCCGAAGGGGGUGGAUGUGUGCAAAACAACUCAGUAAAGACUGAUUGUGCUCAUUGGUCACAGAAUGCUUACUGGUGAUGAAGACAGAUAGAAAACAGGGUGGUUAUGGAAUAGAGUAUCCAGAAAAAGGGCAUGGCUGGCAUGAAUUCUGAAUUCUGUACUGCAGCACUUCUUGCAGUAGCCACAUUGAUAUCUAGUGUUUUACAGUAUUCAACAUCACUGUCAGUAGGCUAACGUUUUAUCCCCUUGUUGCAGACUGGAAAAAAGCUGGGUAUCAGUAUUUUAAAUGAAUAUAACUCUCCUGUGUGGACUGAAAUCAUGCCCCUAGGGCACACCCAAUGCUUGUUUGUAGCUGCAUAUUUACAAGGAGAGCAAAAUCAGCCAAGGGGGUGUUCAGUCUGUCUUCAAAGCUCUUGCCUUGACAUUUAGCAGUCCUCCAUUGAAACUAUUAGCCUAACAAAUUAAAUUCCAGGAGCUUCACUAGGCCCAAAUAACAUCUGGUGCCAGUAGUAGUCACGGUUUAUCCGAAACAGCACUGUCCACCUCCCUAUUGCCUUCUUAGGUACCCUGUUCUAAUCAUAACACAGUGCAGUAAAGAGGAAGAAGUAAUUAAAGGAUGCAACAAAGGAGAAGGGGCAAACAGGACUUGUAGGCAACUGUCUGCCAGUAAACAGGGACCGGAGGGGCUGAGACUGGGCUUCAAGAGGCUAAAAUUUGUGAAUGGUGAACCAAGUCUCCUUCCUUUUUCUUCUUUCAAAGUAUCCCACUGUUUUUAUUCAUAUCACACAAUGCAUGGUGCCUUAACAGAGUUACAUAAGCAACGUAAAACACAGACAAAUCUUCCCUACUACCCACCUCAUAACUUCUUAUUGUUAUUAUUAUUUAUUAAAUUUCUACGCCAUCCUUCAUCCGAAGAUCAUAUGGCAGUUAAGAAUCUAAAAACACAAACCGCAAUAACAAACAAACAAACACAAACACCCCUACACACAGCUUAAAAUACCAUAGAUUGUUAGCCAAAGGCCUGGGAGAAGAGGAAUGAUUUUGCCUGGCACCUAAAGACAUGUUACGAAGGUGCCAGGCAAACCUCCCUGGAGGGAGCAUUCCACAAGUGGGGAGCCACCACAGAAAAGGCCCGCUCUUGUGUUGCAGCCCUAAGGACUUCUCAUGGACAGAGAACAGCCUCAAAUGGUGACUGCAGGGGAAACAACAGAGAAGAAAGUGGGGGCGGGGGGGAAUGGGUGAGAAAAUUUCUCUCGACAUCCAGAACAUGGGAAGCCUCCCUGAAAUUAUUUAAUUUGGAUUGUAUAAUUGGUUUUAUUAUUUGUGUUUUAAUGUGGCAAGAUUCAAUCUGAUUUGUUACUAAUUUGAAUGCCUUUAAUUGAAAAUGAAUUAUUAUUAUUAUUAUUAUUAUUUACAAAAAAGAUGAUGACUGCAGGGUCCAGGUAGGCUCAUAUGGUGAGAGGUUAUCUAAAAUAGAAAUUACAGCAGUAGAUAGGGAGAGGGAAAGAAAGUCAAGAGCAGAGAGACAGCAGUGUCGGCAGAUGUUGUUACACAUACUUAUCACUUGGUUACAGUUGGAAAUGAGGAUUUUAUUGAUAGAUGGAUUUCAUUUAUAUCCCACUUUUUUUCCUCUAAGGAGCUCAAAGUGGCACACAUGAUUCUCCCCAUCCUCGUUUUAUCCUCCACAACAUCCCUGUGAGGUAGGUUAGGCUGAGAGGCAGUGCCUGGCCUAAGGGAGUCACCCAGUGAGUUUCAUGGCUGAAGGGGGAUUUGAACCCUGGCCUGCUGGGUCUGACACUCUAACCACAACACCACACUGCCUCUCCAAGGGGUUGAAGGAGUUGACCUUAACCCCCAGUGAACACCUGUGGUGGUGAUCUUUCUCCCCAUCCCCUGGUGAAGCAUGUGUGUAGGCGGGGGGAAGGGUGUACAUGGAGGCUGUUUCAUGCUCAACAGGAGAAGGGGAAAUGGGGGAAAUUGUUUUCCAUAUUAAAUCUUACCUCUUAGUGAAUUCCACUGCUGUGGUAUCCUUUUAACUUCUGAGUAGACACACAUAGGAUUUCACUGUAAGACAGUAAAAAUGCAUUUUCCUGUGGAUUGUAGUUUUAGACUAGUAAACUGCCUGAGGAUGCCCUUCCCAGAACCUGGAUAGAUGUGAUGCUUGCAGCAGAUGAAACUUUGGUUGUUUUAGCUUCCCUUGAUAUCCAUGAGGUUUAGAAACUUGCGGGGCGGGGGGGUUCCCUCACAACCUAUGGCAUAACUGCAACUGUGCAGCAAAGAUCCUUGCUUUUAAUGGUUCCGUCUGUUGGGAUGGAUCUGCUUUCAGAAAGAAACCAGUACUCAGGUUUUUUUGGUCCAGAAGUCACAAUGUGUGCUAUGUGCAUCAGCAUGUAAUAAUUUAUUUUUGCUGGGUUCAUUUGUGUUUUGAACCAGGGGGCCACCAACCACAAGAGAUACCGCAGCAGGAUCUCGUUCUCAUUCAGUAAAAAGUCUAAGAGUCUGCGAGUGUUUAAUGACUCCAAAUUUGACAUUUUCCGACGAAGAACACCCCCUUUCCUCUUGUUCAUCUUUUAUGAAAAUCAAUUUUCCCCAUAAAUAUUUUGUCCUCAUGGCUCUCUGUAUUUCUCUGUCACCUUGCCACAGGUGAUCUAUCUCAGGAAGUUCCAAAACCUGCGCACGUUGAACCUCACCGGGAACCCAGUGUGCGAAAACGAAGUAUAUUCCGCAUUCAUCGCCGCUUAUCUCCCCGACCUUGUGUACCUGGAUUUUAGAUUGGUAGAUGACAACUCGGUAAGGAUGGAAAAGUUCAGCCCCUUAUCUCUUGCUGUUUUAGCUUUCCUAUCUACCCCAAGUGCCAGAAAGCCGGUGAGGCUGCCUCCUCACUCCUCUCCCCACAGGGAUUUUACAGCCCUUAUUCUAAGCAGGUGGCGCUGUGGGUUAAACCACAGAGCCUAGGGCUUACCGAUCAGAAGGUUGGCGGUUCGAAUCCCCGCAACGGGGUGAGCUCCCGUUGCUCAGUCCCUGCUCCUGCCUACCUAGCAGUUUGAAAUCAUGUCACAGUGCAAGUAGAUAAAUAGGUACCGCUCUGGCGGGAAGAUAAACAGCGUUUCCGUGCGGUGCUCUGGUUCGCCAGAAGCGGCUUAGUCAUGCUGGCCACAUGACCCGGAAGCUGUACGCCGGCUCCCUUAGCCAAUAAAGCGAGAUGAGCGCCGCAACCCCAGAGUCAGCCACGACUGGACCUAAUGGUCAGGGCUCCCUUUACCUUUUUAUUCUAAGCAAUGGAGUAGGAAGGGGGAUGCGGCGGAUGCGGGCUGUCCCGGGUGUCAGCCCUGAGGGGGGUGACAAAAGGGCAAAAAUAUGAGUUUUUAAAAUAAAAAACAAAAAAAAUUGGGCUCAUGGAAGUUUUUUGGGCUCACAACAAAUGCAACGAAAUGCGGCUGGCACUGGGCGCCACACUGUGGGGGCUGGCACUUACCGUGGGGCCUGCAGCACGCCCGAACCACGUGUCUCUCCUGGGAGUGACGGGGUUGCUUGGGCGCCUGCAGGCGCCACACUGCCUAAAACGGCAGUGUGGGCUUGCGUCUGCCCACCGCCUCUCCCUCAGCCACCCUACAGCUGAGGGGGAGGCAGUGGAGAGGCUUUGCGCAGUGCGCCCUGCACUGGCUCACCCCAUCCCCAUGGGCGGCUCGCUCCGCCCCCAGGUGCAGGGUGUGUGCACUGCCCUGGGCACCCGAGCGGCUAGCUAUGCCAUUGAUUAGUAUAAAUUUCAACACAGUAAUUUUAACAAAACACAUCAUCCACAUUGUUCCCCCCCUCCAUUUCCCCCCUCCCCCCCCAGAGAGAAAACCCACCCUCCCACCCCAGACUUCCCUCAGCUCCUUUCUCUGGUUUCUCAACAUAUCUUUCUAUCUGCAUGUUAUAAAAUUGUAAAGAUCCUCAAAUUAUCUAUGUAUUAUAAUAAAGAGUUUGUGAAUGUUUAUUCAAAACCUGCCAAAGAGUCCAGUUCAUUUUGUUGCCUCUUCAAAUAUUUCGUAAAAGGUUCCCAUUCAUCUUUAAAGUCACAGUUAUCCUUAUCACGUAGUUUGUGUGUCAAUUAUGCCAAUUCUGCAUAGUCCAUCGGUUGCUACGCCAUUGAUUCUAAGCUGCCUGUCCCCGUUUUCUUUUCCCAGCGAGAGAUGGCCCUGAUAAAAUACCAGUAUGCCAUCGAGGAGAUGAGACAUGGGGAAACUCUGGCCUUGGCCAAGCAGCAGGUUCUGGAUGCCCAACAGAAACAGGUGGAAUAUCACAAGGUAUGUUCUUUUUGGGCCGUCUGUAGAAUCUUAGAGUUGUAGCCCAACCCCCUGCAAUGCAGGAAUGUAGAUCGCAGGGAUGUUGAGAGAACCCAACAGAUACCGGAUUCUCUUUCAGCCUCCUGAAUAGGUGUUGGUCUCUGAACACUGAGAUAUGAAAUAAGAACCAGUAAGAAAACAGUUGUGGAUUCAACAGACACAAAGUGGAAAGCUAAACCAAACAGUUUGUACAAAACAGUUCAUACACGAGAACGGGCCUUCUCUGCAGUGGCUCCCCAUCUGUGGAAUGCUUUCCCCAGGGAAGUUCGCCUGGCGCCUUCAUUAUACACCUUUAGGCGCCAGGCAAAAACGUUCCUUUUUAACCAGGCCUUUGGUUGACCUGAUUGACAUCCUAUACCCUUUUAAAAUGUGGCUCUUUUUUGGAGGGUGUGUGUGUUAUUGGGUUGUUUUUAUUUUGAUUUUCUAUAAUGUGAUCUUUUCUGUGAACUGCCCUGAGACCUCCGGGUAUAUAAAUUCAAUUAAUUAAUUAAUGGCUUGAAAGAGGUUGUUUCCGGAGUGCUAACCAAAGAGAGGAAAAGGUUCUGUAAUUUUGGAGCCAUUCUCGAUAGGGCUCAGCUCCUUGCUGUUAAUAUUAUCAGUUUCUACCUUGUUGACAAGACUUCAGUUGGCAAGCGGGAAUCGUGGGGAGAUUUAUAGAUGCCUGGAUGUCUUGACCCCCACUUGGGCAGGUGUUUAGCUGAGAACAGGAACCUCCUAGAAGGGAGAUGGAAGAGACUGAGUGUGCGGUUCAAGGCCUGGAGACUCCCUUUAAGGAAAGAGGCAGGGGCUGAGGUGGCAGGGGCUGGGGCAGAGAGUGAUCUAAAAGGCCUCAUUUGAACUCCACACCCGUUUGAACUUCUCUUCUGUUCAUUUGAAGCUCUCCAACCUCUGGUUUUACCUAUGUAUGUAUGUAUGUUUGUCUCAUAUUGCCUCUCACUUUUCCUCCAGGGAGCUCAAGGUGGCAUACAUAGUUCUCCCUCCACCCCCCAAUUUUUAACCCACAGCAGCCUUGUGAAGUAGGUUAGGCUGAGAGGCAGCGACUGGCCCAAAGUCACCCAGUGAGCUUCAUGGCCGAGUGGGGAUUUGAACCCUGGUCUCCCAGCUGCUAGGCCAACACUCUAACCACUAUACCACAUUGGCCCUAUUGUCCUCAAAUGACCAGCUCUCAAAGUCAAUAUGGUCUGCUGAGGGUUGAUGAACUGUGAAAGAAUACAUUGUUUAUUUUGUUAUUUUUGGAAAACAGGUGGUUCUUUUCUUAAAUAUUCCACAAUAUGCAUUUCUUCGUUGUGUUAACUGGUCUGCUAUUUAUUUUAAGGGACCCCGGCCCUUUUAUUUUUCUUCUUAGCAUCUCAGAACCAUCUGAAUUUAAGGCAUAAGAUUCUCCCCAUUUCCUUUGGGCAACUAUCUUCUUCUGAUUCCCUGUCAUUGACUGGUUGGAUGCAGAAGAAUGGUGGGAGGAACCAGCUGGGGAACCCCCAAGGGAAGAAGAACCAGAGUCUAGGGAGUGGUCAAAGGUAGAAGACAGGGAGUAUGAUGUGUCAGAAGCUGAAGAGGUAACAGAGCUUAGUGAGCAGGGAGAGUCUAUGACAGAGAGAAGCCCAGAAUCAGAGGCAGAAGCUGAAGCAGGAGAGGAGAGAGACCAAGAGGCAGAGAUGAGUCAGGCUGGGGAAGAGUCACGGGUGUCGUCUCCCUCUUCUGCUGUGACAAGCUCCCCUCCCAGAACCAGAAGAGGCAUGAAAAGGGUGGAGGAGAGGUUGCCUUCAUGCAUGUGCAGCCUCCAAUUGCUGUGGGAAAGCCCUGGAGAGAAGGGAACCUAGACGCUUGUGGGGAGACAGGGACCUUUCGUCUUGGCAACCGCUUCCUGGGGGCAAGAUCUGAGUUGCUGCGCUCAUUAGGCCUGACACGCCUGUGCUAAUGAAGAGUUAACUCCGGCUUGCUUGGUGCGAUGGACUGCCAGCUCACUCCUGUUAUUUCCCUUCUGCCUCCUUGCUUCUCUCUCCAGCGCGCUUACGUGGAGUAUCUGAACGGAAGCUUCCUCUUUGACAGCAUGUUUGCAGAUGAUCCCGAAGCAGCCAAACUGCUCUACCUCCCUGGAGUGCCAGAGCUACUGGAGAUAUAUCCUUUUUUUAAAAAAAAACCACACAACUUUAAAAAAAAAUUAACAGUUUUUCUACACACAUCAUACAGUAUUCAUCGCCCAUCUCUUUUCCUAAGACUGCCCAAUCCAUCCCUCUGUGGCACGCUAGGGCAAUCUUAAUCUGCUGCAUAUCCUGAUAUUUCACCCAUUAUCAUUUCAAGUCUUCCUUUUUUGAUGUUAUCUGCUGCUCAUAUGUUAACCCCUACUUGUAGGUUAAAUUGUAUAUCGUACCCUCUAAGAUAAUCUCCCAAAUACCUCCACUCUUCUCUUAUCUUUAACUAAUCCUUAUUCUUUAGUUUCACGAUCAUGGCUACUAAUUCUAUGUAUUCUAUCAAUUUGUUCUACCAAAUUUCCUUAGUGAGUAUCUCUUCUUCCGCAUAUACUAUUCAAGCCGAAGCGGCUGCAUACAGAAAGAUAUUGGGUGCCUUUUCUGGAAUGGCAUCACCUAUUAUCCCUAAUAGAAAGGCCUCUGGUCUUUUGGGAAAUGUGAGUUUUAGGGGGGGGAAUUAAUUCUGUGCGGAACAUUUCCCAAUACUCUCUAAUGUAUUUACACGACUUCCACAUAUGAAUCAGGGUUCCCUCCACCUCGUGGCAUUUCCAGCAUAAAUUAGACCCUUUUAAAUACAUUUUCACUAAUGUGCUAGGUGUCAAGUACAUGAUCUUUUGUAGGUUUUCCUUAAUAACAUAACAGGCAGAGAAAUUCAUGGUUUCAGCCCAUAAUUUUUCCCAUACAGACAAUUCUAUGUUGUAACUGAUAUCUAUGGCCCAUUUUGUCAUUGUCACCUUUGCCAUCUCAUCUUUGGUCUGCCACGCCAGUAACAAGUUUUAUAGAUUUUUGAGAUACAUCCUUUCUGCUUUGGGACAGAACUGGUGAUAAACCUUGAGAAAGGGAUGUUCUCUGGAGUGGGGUUUCUUGCUUGUUAUGAGGGCUACUGUGAGUCAUAGUGAUCUCCAACAACAGGAGGCAACAGCCCAAACAAGACACUAGAAGCAGACACAAGCCUUUUUUCUUUCCUUUUCAAACACAACUCAGUACUCUCCUUGACUCCGACUUCACAUACAAGACUAAAUUUGUGGCCAUUUGCGAGAACCUGUUUGAGUAUGGCCUGAAGCAAUACGAGAAGCGAGAGGCUGAGGUCGCCCUCUUCUAUGAGUGCCUCAACGAAGCCCUGGAAGAGAACCACCAGCAGUGUUCCAGAAUCCUGCGGGACUUUGAAGAGAAGAAUCAUGGGGUACACAAGGGACCUCGGGUCAGGGAUGGGGAACGCAGUUGGACUCGCAACUUCCAUCAGCCCCAGUGAGCAUAAGGCGGAUGAUGGGAGUUGGAGUCCCACAACCUCCGGAGGACCAUAGGUUUGCCACUUGUAAGUGAUUAGAAAACCGAGCCAUCUUUGAUUAAAACCGGGAUCGCUCCACCACAGCUAUUUAGUUCUGAUUUUUUACAGGUCAAUACUGUAAAGGUAAAGGUACCACUGACCGUUAGGUCCAGUCACGGACGACUCUGGGGUUGCGCACUCAUCUCGCUCUAUAGGCCGAGGGAGCCGGCGUUUGUCCCCAGACAGCUUCCAGAUCAUGUGGCCACAUGACUAAGCCGCUUCUGGCAGUGCAUGGAAAACGCUGUUUAUCUUCCCGCCGGAGUGGUACCUAUUUACCUACUUGCACUUUGACAUGCUUUCGAACUGCUAGGUGAGCAGGAGCUGGGACUGAACAACGGGAGCUCACCUCGUCACGGGGAUUCGAACUGCCGACCUUUCGAUCAGCAAGCCCUAGGGCUCUGUGGUUUAGACCACAGCGCCACCCGCAUCCCUGGUCAAUACUGUAGCAAGGGCUUAAACCUCUCAGGCAGGCAAAGCGACCAGGGAGUCAGCCCCACAGUCUGAUGAGGAAGCUACAUCCUCGAGAUGGGAUGUUACUUCUUAAUCCUUCUUGCUAUGCUUGACCUACCUCACAGGAUUGUUGUGAGGACUUAAUGGGGGGGUCAUGUAUACCAUCCUGAACUGCUGGGGGACGGAGGGGAGGCAGGAUAGAAUGUCAUUAGUAACUGUUCCCCGUGACUGUGCAAAGGAUCACAUCCUGAAAGUACCAUCAGGUGCUGACUUAAACCAAGGCAACAAACUGUUUAAAUAGGUGUAUUUUGUUUUCAAUUGACUUGGACCUAAUCCUAAACACUUUUAGCUAGAUUUAAGUCAGUCAAAGCACACUAUACCCCAGGGGUCACAUUCCCCGCACACAUAAGUGAGAUGUACGCUAAGUGGGAGCCUGCAGAGGCCUUGUGGCUUGUGCAGAAACCCUUCCCAGGACCAUGGUCACAUUGAGGAACUCUUUAUAAGCUUCAGAAGGAACGUCUGGCUUUCAUAGAAUACAGUUUGAAAAUCCCUGUGGGAACUUAUGUCAGGAGCUCGUCCUACACUCGAGUAGGACCCUGGCAGAGACACAUGCCCGACUGGCAUGUUCUCUCCCUCCUGGUCGAUCGUUGGGGAGCUUCAAAAGCUUUCUUCAGCCCAAACAUCACAUUGACCGAUGCCAACAGACAUUGGCACACUUAGGGAUCCGCAGAGUCUUUGCAGCUUGCGUCACAGACCUCAGCAACUCAGCAUUUUGGCUAAUCUACUUUAUUUACAUAUAAAUACACAUGGAGCACUGCAACAUGGCUCCCUCUCUCUCUAGCAUCAGACAACAAAGAGAAAAAGAACAAGGACAAUUGUCCCACUUCACAGAACACAGUAACACAAACAUCCUGUCUCCGUCACUUCCCACUCUGUGGAGUCAAAACAUACACCGUCAUGUGGAAGACAACAGUUCUAUGACUGCAAUCACGGAGCAGGAAUUCUAACAACUUAGUCACUGCUUCACAUUCCCAUUGUGUGCACCAGAGUAUCACCACCACCACCACCAAUAAUGAAUAAAAUAAAUUAUUUCUGCCACGGGGCAACAGCUGCUAACCUUCUGUUUCUUGCUGAGCACACAGGUGAUAGAUACGAUUCAGAACCUCAGCGACAACCAAGUCAUAGAGAUCAAACUGGCUGAAUACAACUAUGAAAUCACAAAGCUCUCGGACGUGCUGAUGACUGAGGAGAUGCUGCUGGUUGAUCAGCUGGAGGUAUGAACCUGGCAGAGCUGGACGUUCGGGUGCUGGGGACUCCAAGGCUGGAUUACUGCACUUCACACUAUGGGGGGCCUCCCUGUGCUGGAUCAGAAGCUGCAGUUAGCGUGGUUGCUGGCAGGAGUGAGACCUGCAUUGGUUUUGCCCACUUGAUCCCAACCCAAGAUCAAGGUGUUGCUGUUAGUGCAAAAAGCCAUUAAUAGUGUGGGAGCAGUUUACUUGCAGGAUCACUUUCCCCCAUAUGUACCUGCUCAACCACUUGGAUCUGUGGAACUGGCGCUGUUAAAGGUGUCACGUAAUACCUGUUCCACACUUGUAAGAAAUCGAUGUUUUGGUGUGAUGGCAGCUUUGGAACUUCCUGCUGGUUGACAUCAGGCAGGUGCCUUCACCAUAUUCUUUUUGGAGUCUACUUAAAACAUUUUUAUUUAGGUCAGCCUGUCCGGACAUGUGGAAGUUACAUGUGUUUUAUGUCUUUUAAGCUAAAGCUGAUUUUAAACAUCUUUUGAAUGUUUUUAAAUGCCUGCUGCAAGCCGGUUUUUACUGAGAAUCUUAAUGCUUCGUUUUCUAUUUUUGUAAACUGCUGCGAGUUUUUCUUACAUUAAAACGUUAUCUAUCUAUCUACCUAUACAUAUAUAUAUUUGGCUAACUAUAUUAAUAAAAAUAAAUAAAUAAAAUAGUCAGCAAAAACGACAGGAAGGUAGAUUCUCCUGUGUGUUUCAGGCCCGAUUUCCAAAACUUGUGGGAGUCAAACUGUUUUGAGUCAAACUCAGUUUUGCCCUCUAAUUUCCCACCCCUUUUCUUUUCUUGCUAAGGAAGUGAUAAAGGAUUUCGAAAGGAACAUCGCUGACCUGGUGUCGAACUUUAUAGAAAACGAACAAGGAAUAUAUCCUUUUGCUGUCGCUUGCACAGAGCUGCAAAUUGUGGCGGGCGCUUUGCUUCGGAUCAACAGAGCUGGCUUGUCCACACUGUAUGGCAUUCGAUUGCUUCUCAUUACUGUGCGGUAGGGCCGGGAUUGAUUUCAGUUUUGGAAGCAUUUCUCAGGCCCCUAAGAACCACAGGGCUUUCCUCUCCAUUCACUCUUUAUGCCAAGACCUGUCUGAAGAGCUGCUGCGGUAUAAUACUCAAUGUAAUAGCGGCAUUUCCACCUAAAAUCCUGGGCUAGCAUUUUAGCUUUCCUGGAGGACAACCCUGAGAAGCAAGGGUGGUGAGCCUCUACACUUCCACCCCAUAAAGGAAGUUCUGUUGUCAUGGGACCACUCCUGCCAACCAAAAGUACAAGAAGCUUGGAAACUGGGGCUGGGGUGUCCAAGCGGCAUCCCUGGGGAGUGCAUUUAACUCGAGGACCUUUGUUGGGCCAUGAAGGGCUGAGUCCUUGCUGUCACAAUGAACACAAACUGAGGCUGGGUGCACAUUCUCAUGUGCUCCGCAUCCAUUGUGCUCCCACCACUGGUUUGGGAAUCAGUGCACUCACAAUGUCAUGAUCCUUGUCUCUCCUGGACCUACCCUGUCGCAUCUUACGAAAUACUGAAUGGAUCUAUACUCAUGGUUUUUAACGCUAAAAAUGAGUUUUAAAAUGGUUCUGAUAACCGUAUAGCCACGUGACGUUCUUCUUAAACGUUAAUAAUGCAUUAUUAACAUGCGAUACCAUAGAGUAUGGUAGAGUAUACCAUACCAUAGAAUAUGUUGUUGUUUAGUCGUUUAGUUGUGUCCGACUCUUCGUGACCCCAUGGACCAGAGCACACCAGGCACUCCUGUCUUCUCCAUGGAGUUUCUUGGCAGGGAUACUGGAGUGGCUUGUCGGUUCCUGAUCCAGGUGGAUCAUGUUUGGUCAAAACUCUCCACUAUGACCUGUCCAUCUGGGGUGGCCCUGCAUGGCAUAGCUCAUAGCAGAGCUCUCCCCUUCCAGAAACCGGGUAGACCUUGCAGAAAAGGAAGCAGAGGAGAAACAAAUAUCUUGACGUUUUAGAACAUGUUUAAUAUCGUUCAAAUGACGUUUAAAAAGUGAGUGUAGAUCCAGCCACUGUGUUUUGAUGCGUUCUUCCCCCCAAGCCACCUUAGAUCCGAAUUGAGAAAACUGUUUUUUAAGCUGGCAAUGUGUGCACGGCCUUAGUUUCCAUCCUCUCGGCCAGCCUUCCCUGCCUCCUUUUGUUCAAACACUGGGCAGUAGGAAAGGGUUGCUGAGAGGCAUCCCUGUUCUUUGCUUCUUAACCUUUUCUCCUACGAUGGCUCAGUGCCGGGAUCUAGAGAACCAGCACCACGAGAAGCUCCUGGAGAUAUCCGUCAACACACUGGAGAAAAUAGUGAAGAGCGAGUUUGAUGAGGAGAUGCCGGAUGACGUUCGUAUGGUGAGAUCCAACUCCUCCUAUUCCUCCCCUUUCACCAUUAAGACCAGAAUAGGCAAAACCCUCUUGGCGUGACUCAUCAGUAAGAGAUGACCCUUCAUGGGAUGGUGUUUUGUCUACAGCCAAAAAAAAAAAAUGGCCCUCCUCUCACCUGGUUUCCUUCCUAGCUUUUUGUGGAUAAAGACACCAUUGUCAAUGCCGUCAACGCCUCUCACGACAUUCACCUCCUGAAGAUUGACAACCGAGAAGACGAAAUUAUCACUAAAGCCAAUGGCUGGGCUUCCACACUGGUUGAGAAGGUAAGUGAAGAGUCCCAUUGCCCCUCUGCAGGAGGCCUUCUCACAGAAGGAAAUAACCAGCAUUAAGGACAUGAGCACUUUCAUCUUAUUGUUAACAAGGUAGCUGGUGGCAGUGGCAUAUCGGGGAGGGGAGGUCGGGGCCAUUGCCCCAGGUGCAAAAUUGUUAGGGGCACAAAAUUUCAACACCCGGUGCUGCUCGCUUCCGUCACUAAGCUCUGUUGAAAAUGGCUUCUCUAUACAAACCAGGAAGUGACCUCUCCAGACAACAACUAUUUUUUUCUUAUCCCUGUGCUUGCAAUCUUCUGGGUGACGGGGACGUUAUUAAGACAAUUGAAUGUGCAUGCAUACUCAGUCAAUUUCCUUCCCUCCCAGCCCUCUGUGUGGAUUGGCGUUAUGUGCAAACCCAACAUCCUUCCUUAACCAUGGUUUGUUUUAACAUUCCCCCCAGGCACUCAACAAGCUACAAAGGCACGAGACCAUAGCUGUCAAUGUUUCCCUUUUAUGAAGGGAAAUUCCUUUAUUCUGAAUAGGAUUCCUUGCAAGAAAAGGGAAACGUUGACAGCUAUGCACGAGGCAAGCACAGCUAGGGGGAAAAAACUCCAAAACAAAACACUUUGCAGAAACAAGCCAUGAUUUGUUUGACUGUCUGUGGGGCAAUCUAUGGCUAACUUGUGGUCUGUUAAACAAACUGGACCAACUGUUUCAAUCCCUGCAGGUUCACAAGACUGAAAUUCAAAGAAACCGAAGUCGUGUGUUGGAAAUUAACCAAUACGUUGACCAUCUCCGCAGUGAGCUGGACAACAUGGACAUUCUGGAGACAUAGCUGGCUUUCGACACUGAACUGCCCCUGCCCCCCCAUUUGGGGAUCUGUGACUUUCUGCUUGGGAAGUGAAUCCGCCUGGAGGUCUCCUACCUACUGAAAAGACACCCUAAAAAUAUUCCUUCCUUACUGGAAGGAAUCCUCUGCCCCUCCAACGUUUGUUGAUCAAAACAAGUAGACUAAAGCAGACAGUAAGGCAUUUAAAAGCAAAAGGAGUUGGCUUAAAUUGGUGCCUUGUAAAUUGGUGCCUUAUAAAGCAAUUAUACAGGAAGUGGGUCAGUUCCAUCUUUUGCAUUAAUUUCAAUUACAUAGGUAGUUGAACCUUCAAAAAUUGUAGGCUAAUGAACAAAUUACCGUAUUUUUCGUCCUAUAGGGCACACCGGCCCAUAGGACGCACCUCGUUUUUUGGGGGGGAAAUGAAUAAAAAAUCAUUAUUUCCUCCCCCAGCCGCGGCUGCCGCCCCAAGCCUUGCGCACACCUGCCCGAAGCACGGGACGCCCUCCGGAGGGCGCCCCGUGCUUCGGGCUGCAGCCCGCAAGCCUUGUGAGCCCGCGGGAACUCCCGCCGGGCUUGCAAGGCUUGUGGAUAGCUUCCUGAAGCUUGGAGAGCGAGAGGGGUCGGUGCGCACCGAUGCCUCUCGCUCUCCAGGCUUCAGCGAAAGCCUGCAUUCGCCCCAUAGGACGCACACACAUUUCCCCUUCAUUUUUGGAGGGGAAAAAGUGUGUCCUAUGGGGCAAAAAAUACGGUAAAACCCUGAUUAGAGGACCCAAUUAGCAUUGGUGCGCUGUCUAAAAAAUGGUUGGCUCUGACAUUGAUUGGACCCUCAUUUCACAGCAUGAAUGGAACCCAUAGAUGGGGCAAGUGACUGGCCAGUGGUGAAAGGCCCAAGAAGAGGGGAGAGGGUCUACUCAGGGAGGGCAGAACAUUUGCACUGCGCAGAGGAGCCUCUCCCCAGCCAGAACAUUUCCAGAUAUGGUUCUUGGGCUUAUGUGGGGGCUUGCGCCAGCCCACUGAGCCUUACUGACGCUCCAUUUGGAAUGAAAGGAUGACCUGGAACACAUUGACACUCCUUUGGCAGCUGGACAUCUCAAGGGGAAAUCAGGAUUAGCAUGCAUCCCAUGGUUUAGGAAGCGUGUUCAAUGUAUUCUUGCAUAAUGUAUACAAAGGGAGAGCCUUCCUGUACUGCGGCUCCAAGCCCAUCCCUGAGCAGAAUCUCUCUCCAUAAGACGCUCAGCUGUUAAAUGAACGUGGGACCAGCUUCUCCAAAUCUAAGCUCCUACAAAGGACAUUCUCCACCUUCAGAAGGCAGAUAACCAGCAGACAAAACAGGCAAUAAGACCAGGAAACAAUGUGAAGGAGGCUGCUUCAGGUGGCCAAAGUUCCCCUCCAUGAACAGAGAAAAUGGAUAUGUCAGGCUACUGGCCGAGACUUCUCCUUGACAUGCUAGCUUUCUGUGUGCAAGGAAGUUUGUUUCAAGAUGAAGGAGCCCUUGGGAGAAUGAGGGAGCUGGCCAAGGUACCACAUAUGGCCCCCAAAAAACAGCUCACAUCUUAAAACCGAGUCCAAGGCAUUGCCAGAGAUGGUUUAGUACUCUUGUUAGUUAAGGUUUGUUCCUAUUUAAAUUUCCCAACUUUGCACCUGUGCCAUGAAUGUAAAAGGCAAAGAAUCACAAUUUUCCUUUCCACACCAACAGAGGAAAUAAAGGGUGGUUGCAGCUAUUUUAAACCCAGGCCAAUUUGUAGGGGUGUGGAGUGCUUCUAACUUUUCAUGUGGUUGACAGCCAACAAGGGGUACCGCUGUGUCUCCUGAAAAGCUCAGAAUUCCCUCCCCAAUGAAGAAGCAGACUGCAGAACAGCUGGGCAGAAUCACAGCCCCAUUUUUUAAGGGGGGACCUUGAACUUUCUCCUUAAAAAUCGUAUCAUCCUCGCCGUCAUGUGCUUGGACUUUGCCAUUAUUUCUGUAAAACUCCCAUUCCUGUUUUCCUAAAGGCAGGUGCAUCCAUCAACCAGUGGACAAAGCUGAUAACCCCCAGGUCUGAGAAUGGCCAGAACCUACAGGGUUUUGACCACAGCUGCCUUGGCCGGCCCCCUCCACACAGUCCUGCUCUCUCACUGCAUUCUCUUAUUGGUCAACCUAAGCCCAGAAAUCAGGUUCAGACCACCUUUGUCUAGAAUGGUCUUUACCCAGAUUAGCUCUCCAGGGAUCCAACUCUGCAACCCAAAAUCUUUUCGCUUUAGCUGAACUUGGAGCAGCUGCAAAGCAAAUGUUUGGGCCAGAGAGCUCUGGCACUGAAACCAACUCCUUUUAAACAAACACACACAUGCACCCAGAAAUCCACAUUGCAUGUAGAGGCACCAAACAGGAAUAUUUAAUCAAACUGUAAGGGAGGGGAGAAGAAUGCAUUUUUCUCUGCUGGGUACACAAAGGGGUGAAAACAACCGCCAUAGCAGGCUCUGGCUUCCUUGGAGACACAGAGGCCUGCUAUGAAACUAUGGGAGGAUGUGCAAUGGUUAGGGGGAUAUAGGGAGACUUAACUCUGGUUCUGGCCUGGGUUCUGGCCCCCUCCAACUGCAGAUAACUUGUUGCUGCAGCUUACUACAGAGAGAAGGGGGAGGCAGCGAGGAGGGCAGGUCAGAGCAAAUGCAACAGAUUAGCAUCAUACCACCUUUGCUAUAAAAGCAGCCGUGAUUCGCCUGCUGAGAGGUCAAAUAGGUGCCUACACCCCUCCAUGCUGUCCAAAGUACCCAGCAGCUGUUUCACAUCUUCACCCCUUGUGCAACAGAGGCUGCCAAGACCCCACUUAAUUCUAAACGGGGGAGCACUGAUGCCCACAGCGCAAGCCAUUCUCGUUUCGAGAGAAGCAAAGGGAUUGACUGCUCUCUCUUGAUUUGUCAGGAGCCCCUAGUGAGCCACCACCUUGGGUUAAGAGGUGAGGCUGUGCCACACUGCCCACCACUGACUGGUCCAGAUUCCAAUCAAGUUGGGUGGUGGGCAGCCUCAGCCCAGCCAAAAUGAACACCCUGCAGCAGCUGUGCUCAAGAGGCUUGCCUCCCCGUGGAAAAUGUGCAUCCUGCUGGGAAACUCAAACUGGGCUGCUGCUGGUAAGCCAGGGAAUCAAGGAGAAUAGGGGCCACAAUGGUACAAAAUAGCCACAGCUGGACGGUGCCUGUCACUUCCAGGAAUGAACGGAUUUCCUCCUGGGAAUUCACAACUUGGGGGCCUCAAGCCUGGAGGGCCUGGAGGACAGGGUGUGUAGUACGAGGAAGGGAAGUCUUCUUGGAUGUGCCAAGGGCCAGGUUAAGGAUGAACAGAAGGAAAUGGACGCCAGGCAUUCCUGCCCCCUCGUUCAGGGGGAAUCGCCACACCCAGUCAGUCUAAGGCUCCAAGGUCCAUCAGGAUCACCGCUAUCACCUGGACGAGUAGUGCGAUUCCAUCACCCCACCAGCACCAGCUCCCUUUCUUCUCCACCCGCCACUCAGUCGGUCCUGGAUGUUCUACAUGUCUGCCCAGUGCCACCGAUGCCCAUUCCUUGUCCACCCUAGAUUCUCAGUCCUGCAGCAGCUUGUGCUUGACCGUGGAAUUUUCUAAGCAAAGCUGAACAAAAAGGGCAGCAGCAGCUGUGCGGGCCCGAAGUUCGUACAUCUCAUAGUCGUGGGCCCACUCAAUGUUCCCCCAGUGCUGGAUCUGAAGGAAGAUGAGAAGAAUAAUCAGACCCUCACUGGAAAUAGAUCACAACACCAUAGCAGGAGGCAAAGCAGAGCUUAGAUUUGCCACACGUUUCUCUCUCUUUUUCUUUUCUCUCUCUUGCUGUUUUUGUUUUUAUUUAGUUUCUUUUAUCUUACUGUAUUAUGAAAAAGCUUUAAUAAAAUCUUAUUAUUAUUAAAAAAUUGCCACACUCUUGAGCAAACCCAGAAUACCGUGAUUUAUUAUGUAACUUCUGCUGUUUUUAGCCUCUGGGAUCUAUUGCUGUGCUCGGUUUUGUUGCAACGCUGGUUUUAUUGAGGGGAGGGCCAUUAU